GCGGGGAGCCGUGACCUCUAAGUGCCACCGCCGGCCGCCGCCGCCCUCGCUCCGCCCCCGCCCCGCACGGAGCGAGGAGCGGGCGGCGACAGGGGGAGCGGCGGCCGCCGGCUGCGUCGGGGCUUUAAUUCCGUGUGUUGCUCCAUCGGGACCGCGCCGGCACCGGGAAGACGAGUCCGCCAUCCUCUGCCUGACUUCUGCGGCCAUUUCCCGCAUCCUUCCUGCGGCCUGGCCCGGCCCGGCCGGGAUGUGCAGCGCGCAGCUCUCCCGUGGCGCUGCCCCGGUGAGAUCCACGCCCCGAGCACGGCCCUGAGCCGCCGCAGUGUGGCCGGGCAGGGCGGGCAUCCUGCGGCCAGAAAAGGUGUUGGUGCGGGACCCGCUUCACAGAGCCGCACUGUGCCGCAGCUGCUUCCACAGGAAUUUUAGGCGCUUUCUUGGAGCUGUUGAGGGGCAAAUAAUAAAAAGCUGUAUCCUCACAGGAAUGGAAAUAUUCGUCACUGGAAUAGCUUUGGGGCUGCCUGGAAAACUAGGGAGAUUUCAGCUGAAAACUGCCCGGUACUUCCAGCAGGCAUCAUCAGGGGAUAUUCAUGUAUAGUCAGUUGAUUGUCUAGCUCAGUAGAACUUGGUUGCUGCAUGCGGUUCAGCAUAGAAACAGAAACGCUCUUUGGAUACAGAAGUUCACAUCUCAGUUCUAACACGUUGGAUGUUGCAUGGAAUCCUUAGUCUCAGGUGUAUCUUUGUGAGUUCACUCCUUAAAAUGAGUCUUCUCAAGAGGCUUUCAGGAUAGAAUAUGAUACCUUUGGUGAACUGAAGGUCCCAAGUGACAAAUACUAUGGUGCCCAGACUGUAAGAUCUACAAUGAACUUCAAGAUUGGAGGUGUUUCAGAAAGGAUGCCAGUUCAAGUCAUAAGGGCUUUUGGCAUCUUGAAGAGAGCAGCUGCUGAGGUAAAUCAAGACUAUGGUCUCGACCCAAAGAUUGCUAAAGCCAUUGUACAGGCGGCAAACGAGGUAGCUGAAGGAAAAUUAAAUGAUCACUUCCCUUUGGUGGUGUGGCAGACUGGGUCUGGAACUCAAACCAAUAUGAAUGUCAAUGAAGUCAUCAGCAACAGAGCUAUUGAGAUAAUGGGAGGCACACUGGGAAGCAAAAAACCAGUGCAUCCAAAUGAUCAUGUUAACAAAAGUCAGAGUUCAAAUGACACUUUCCCAACAGCAAUGCACAUUGCUGCUGCCCAGGAGGUUAAUGAGGUCUUGUUACCUGGACUAAAGAAGCUACAGAAUGCACUCGAAGGGAAAUCCAAAGAGUUUUCCCAAAUCAUAAAAAUAGGGCGCACUCAUACGCAAGAUGCUGUUCCACUUACACUUGGGCAGGAAUUUAGUGGCUAUGUGCAACAAAUUAAAUAUGGUGUGGCUAGGAUUGAAUCCACCAUGCCAAGGGUGUACCAGCUGGCAGCUGGCGGGACUGCAGUUGGCACGGGAUUGAACACAAGGAUUGGCUUUGCUGAGAAAGUUGCUGCUAAAGUGGCUGAACUGACGGGUUUGCCUUUUGUCACUGCCCCAAAUAAGUUUGAAGCUCUUGCAGCUCACGAUGCUUUAGUGGAGCUCAGUGGAGCCAUGAACACAGUGGCGUGCAGUCUGAUGAAAAUAGCUAAUGACAUUCGCUUCCUGGGCUCUGGACCACGCUCUGGGCUGGGAGAACUCAUCCUGCCUGAAAAUGAACCAGGGAGCAGCAUCAUGCCAGGAAAAGUGAAUCCUACCCAGUGUGAAGCUGUGACCAUGGUGGCAGCCCAAGUUAUGGGAAAUCAUGUUGCUGUUACUGUAGGAGGAAGCAAUGGACACUUUGAACUGAAUGUCUUUAAGCCCAUGAUGAUUAAAAACGUUUUAAACUCUGCAAGACUUCUAGGAGAUGUGUGUGUUUCUUUCACUGACAACUGUGUAGUUGGAAUCCAAGCCAAUACGGAUAGGAUCAACAAACUGAUGAAUGAAUCUCUGAUGUUGGUAACAGCACUGAACCCACAUAUAGGAUAUGAUAAAGCAGCCAAGAUUGCCAAAACAGCGCACAAAGAGGGGACAACGUUAAAAGAAGCUGCUAUAAAGCUGGGGUUCCUUACAGCAGACCAGUUUGAUCAGUGGGUGAAGCCUAAAGACAUGUUAGGUCCUCAGUAACUGAUGUAAAAAAAAAGUGUUCUUAAUAUAAAAAAAUAAAUAAAACAAAUAUGAUAUCAUAUAA